GUGAAGUCGCCGUCAAAGGACGAGUCCGCCACGAGUAAAAGUGCGUCGGAGCAGGACGGACACCGCGGAGAAUUCGGAGGGUGAAGAUGAAAAGAUGUCACUCAUGGCGUGCAUGGUCAUCCUCACGCUCUUCAUAAUGAUCGUGUUCGUCGUCAUGAGCCUUGGCUACGGCUUACAGCAGGCGGAGACUACGAGCCCUCUUCUUCCGAAAUUUGAAGAUUUCGUGCUUUCAGACAAACUGAAGAACAGAAGCUCGCAACGGAUAACUACUGGUCAUCCGGGUAAAUGGACCGAGGCGCCGACGGGGAAACCAGCAGCAGGCUCGUACUGGGUAAAAUUCGCGAUGCAUCCCACUGCCGACGCCUUUCCCUGGAUGGAAGGCUGCACCACUCCGGCCUGUCUCGCCAUACGCCACAGGCUGCUGGGGGCCAUUGAACCCUUUAUGAACCCGUGCAGGAACCUCAACUUCUUUUCGUGCAGCAUCGGUGACCGCCGAGCUCUCAUCGAACAGGAGGAAGAAAACCUUGAGGAAGCUUCGGUGCCGGAGACUGAUACGUCGGGCCAGUCGUUCUGGGCACCGCAGCGCCUGGUACGCGGACGAGCGCCCAGGAUACAGGCCGGGGGGCAAGCUCUGCGAGAUAUAAUGAUCCACCAGUGCAACUUGUACAGCGAGUCCCUGAGGGAUUCUCUCGAGGUGGUAGAAAAGGUGACAGGGUACUUCAAGCUGUAUUACCCUAACGUCACGGACGAUUCGAAGGAAGAGCCCGUGGCGAGAAUGCUGCAGCUGUCGCUCGAGUACGGCCUGCACCCGAUCGUGUCGUUCGUGCGGCGCUUCCGCUACACCAGGGACCCGUCGGAGCCGUUCGAACUGCGGAUCGACAUUACGGAAAGGGCGAAGCAUUACUUCCGGUACUGGAGCGAGAGAGAUUCGGCCUGGCUUCUAUAA